AUGAUGUCAACAUGGCCACCAGACGUCAACGUAACUCUGGACUACGUGAACUCAACCGAACCCAGCAGCACUGCAAAGGCUCUCGCUGGAAAGCAAAUGUUUUUAACUGUGGUGAAAGUGGCCUAUGCCAUCGGUAUUGUGGGAAAUGCCGCGGCGAUCCUCGCGCUGAGGAUCGGCGAGAGAAGAGUUAGGAAUAGAAAGCAUUUGUUACUUCUUACAUCACUCGCUGCCAAUGACUUGGUCGCUCUGGUUGGCAUGCUUAGUGCACUGAUAGUAGCGGAACAAUUCCCUUCCUUAGCCCGAACGCAGGGAUAUUGCGCUGCGAGGGUUGUGCUCCGGGUUUUCGGCAUUGGCAGCGUCUGCAUCGCAGUUACCAUGGCGCUGGAGAGAUAUCUCGCGCUGACAAGACCCUUCCUCUACCAGAAGCAAGUGACUUAUUUUGUCAUUCGCAUGGCUUUGCUGGUCUCUUGGCUGUGGGCAGCCCUGCUGACUUGCGCUCCCGUUUUGGGUCUAGGUCUCUAUUAUGACGAAGCAACACAACAGUGCGUCCGCUACAGAAAUGCCACUGAGGGCAUGGAUUUCUUCUAUGCUAUAUUCUACGUCACGUUCGGAACGGCGUUGUGUGUAAUACUUGUCUACUGUAAUUUGGCGGUGAUUCGUGCACUAUACGCGAUAACGGCACCGCGAGAUGGCGGGCCUGUAGUGAGGCGCGUCUCCAAGAGUAGCUGCCGGCAGAGGCAGCGCUGCGGGGAAGCUCUUCAUCAUCACAAUGCAGCCACAGCGGAGGAGGUCGCCUUCAGUAGACUAAUGGCAACUCUCUCUGUGCUCUUCAUGAUUUGCUGGCUGCCUCAAAUGGUAACAUCCGCGUUAUACCUAUCACUGGGCCCCGAGUCGUGGAAGCGGCUCGACAGCUUGGGCCGUCUCUCUGACAUGCUGAUGCUACUUAACUAUGUUUUGGACCCGAUCCUGUACGUGCUGUUUCGACGCUGUUCUCUCUCCGCGUUUUGUCACAACAUCGCAACGUGCUUUAAACGGAAUCACAAGACUUCUACGGAAUCGAUGAAAACAUCGUGCUGUCCACAGGAUACUGUUAUGAUGAGCGAAAGUUCUGGUGCAGAAAUGCGUCCACUUCGUCCCGUAGCACCUGCCUGCGCCACCAUUUUCAACGUGGACGACUGA